AUGGUCAAAGCAGUUGCUGUCGUCCGUGGUGACUCCAAGGUCUCCGGUACCGUCACCCUCGUGCAGGAGUCCGAGUCUGCUCCCACCACCAUCUCUUGGGACAUCACUGGCAACGACGCCAACGCCAAGCGCGGCUUCCACAUCCACACCUUUGGUGACAACACCAACGGCUGCACGUCUGCCGGCCCUCACUUCAACCCUCACAACAAGACCCACGGUGCUCCCUCCGACGAGGCCCGCCACGUUGGUGACCUGGGCAACAUCGAGACCGAUGCCCAGGGCAACGCCAAGGGCAGCGUUGAGGACAAGCACGUCAAGCUGAUCGGCCCCGAGUCCGUCAUUGGCCGAACUGUCGUCGUCCACGGUGGCACCGAUGACCUUGGAAAGGGCGGCAACGAGGAGUCGCUGAAGACUGGCAACGCCGGUCCCCGCCCUGCCUGUGGUGUCAUUGGCAUCUCUAACUAA